AUGAGCUCCUCGCUCCACGUCCUCUUAAUCGGUACGGACGCCUUUCACGUGGAGGGCGCGCUGCAGGGCACGGCGGUACACACGCACCGCGCCUGGAACACAUCCUACCAGUUCUCCUGCACCUCGUCGCUGAGCGUAGACAAGGUUGACAAGCGGCUUCUGCUGGUGUGCCACAUUAUUGUGUUGUGCAAGGGAUGCCGAUCACCGGCGAACAAGUCAAGCUACAGUGAUCGAGCGGUUCUGGCACUGCCGGACGCGACGGCCGGCUGCGUGGAGGAGUUGAGAGACAGUGCUUUUUUCUAUGGCACGUGUGCCCUGGAGGAGCUCAAGGCGAAGGUGCUGACGAUCGGCCUCGCCCCGCCGCAUGUGAUCUUCGAUGCCGUGCAUGGUUGCUUCACACCGGUUGGCAAGGCCGCGUUCGAGCGUGCUUUUUGGCUCUUCGACCGCGAUGCGGAUGGUCUGCUGCGGCUGCCUGAGAUUGUUGGGUGGCGCAAGCAGGUGGAGUCAGCUGCCUACAGCGCGGAGGAGGACGUAGGUCUCUUCUUGUCCGAGUGGGGCGGCGCCGUCGCGGCGGAGAAGCUGGCGGACCAGGCUCAGUUUCUGGCCCUCCACAUUGAGUGGCUGCAGAAGGGCUGCACGCUCGAGGCGUGGGCCACGCUGCACGCCACCGGCAUCCACCCUGACGGGCUGCCUUACUCGUGGUAUGACCUGCACUGUAUCCGUGUGGAUCGGGGAACGAACACGUACCUGUCCUCCCACGCGAUCCAGUUCUUCACCAACGUGUAUAAGCUGAAGCGAUUUGCCGACACGGCGGACAUGUGGUGCGUCACGCCCGGUUGUCCGUGGGACUCUGUAGAGGGGUUUCUAAAGGUGCAUAUGCCGAUGGUCAAGUUCGUGGAGUACUGGAAGUACAUGGCACUGGUGCGGCGCGACGAGGUGAUUCGCUACGCUCGGUACUGGGGAUACAAAGGUGAGAUUAGCUACCUCUUCGCGCGUCGUGCUGCCCGUGCAUACCGGCUCCCUGGCGAACCCGUGCCGAACACGAUUCACGUACUCGUGGCCGGGUCGGAAAACUGCGGUCGGCGGAGUCUCAUGAAUGCCUUGACGACUAGCGGCCUGGAGGGCUUUCAAAACUCGGACCAUUCAACGGGUACGUAUGUACGCACCACCACCUUCUUUGCCACGAAAGGCCCCGAGCAGGUGGAGGAGGCGCAGACGCUGGUGUACUCGACGACGUCGGCCGAGGCGUGCGCUCAGCUGCUGUCCGACUCGGGGUUGUCAAAGACCAUAGACGUCGUUCUACUGUGCUACGACGGCACCGACAUCGAUGGCAGCGGGGCUUACGCGAUGUCGCUAUUUGAGCAGGCCAGCACUAGCGACGCAUGCGAGCGGCUGCCGUUCGUCGUUGUGAUGACGAAGGCGGAUGCCGCGCCGCCGGUGGCGGGCGGCAAAGAAACAAACGCGGGGCAGCGUCUAAGGAACUUCUGCCUUGCCCAUCAGUUACUGUGGCCGCCGGUCAUCACCAGCAGCGAGCAGCCAGAUCAGAGCGAGGCCGCAUCACUGAACGAGUACAUGUAUGCCGUAGCCUCGGACCCGGCGCUGGCGGUUGGGCAGCCUCCCCUCACGUACGUGCGCAUUCUUCGCCGAGCGACGUUUGUCGCCAUCAUAGCCGUCGCGGCUGCUGGGAUUGGACAGACCCUCGUCAAUGUGCUGCGGCGACGACGACGUUAG